AUGCCCCUGAAGGAUCCCGGCACCUACUACAGCGAGGAAGCUUUGGCCGCAAAGGAUGCAGCAGAGGCCUACCCCGACCUUGACAUCGUCGACCAUGUCGUCCGUUCCUUAGCGGAGCUCCUUGGACGGUCGGGCAACUUCCACCUACGCUUCAAAGAGCUGCAGGAGGUGCUGUGUGAAACGAACCUGGAGUUGCAGGGCAUCUACAGCGUCAGGUGGCUUUCACGUGGUCUGGCGGUUCAGCGACUGGCUGACAACCUUCCAGCUGCUGUGAUUCUGUUGUACGAGAACGACCCGAAGGCGUACCUCAUUGUCGACGUGACACACGUGCUGCAGAUGGUGGACAACACUAGGCUCACCCUUCGCAACCGUUACCUGAGUGACGCAGACGACUUCGGCGAUGGGAGCAACGAGCUGAGCGCCUUCUUGUCGAAGCACGCCUCGUCGGAAAAAAGGGAAGUGAAGGUGACGGGCACCGACUCGACUGGCGCCCCAACUACUCAUGAGUACACCCUCCAUGAACAGAACAUCAAGGGUCAGAUAUCUGGCCCGGGCCUGGACGACUGCAUCACACUGGCGAAGGGGUACGUGAAGGAGCUGCUGAAGCGACUGGAGAGCCGGAUGAAGGAUCUGGGCUCUCUCGACGGCGCCAAGCUGUUCACGCAGGGGGCGUACCCGAAAUCUCACUCGAAGCGGCAGCGUCGGUUUUUGCAGUGGCUGGAGGCUCUCCGCAAUCUGUUUAAGCGGAAACCGUCCGACCCUGACACCCUGCCUGGUACGUCUUCGAUUUCGGUUGUCAUUGAUUGA